AUGCCAACAAUAAGUACGAGUCCCCGGAGUGAGAUCAUGCAUCGCUUCUACUCCAAACUAUUCGCCGCUGAGAAAGAUAAUCCAGAGCUGCACGCAGAGAUGCUUAAGAGAGCUUGGGAUUGCAGUUCUUCUAGGUUCAGUGAGAAAGUUGUAAUCAAUAGUACAAAUGGAUGUCAAGAAGGGUACAUCUGCUUUUUCAAUGGGUGCGGUCAUCAAUGUAUGAAGGGUAUAUAA